AUGACUGCAACCACCUGUCCUCCACGUUCCGACGACAGCACAUGGGGCCUGCCAGAGCGCAAGCUGAGGCUCAUCCUGUCAGGGAGGACAGGGGCGGGGAAGAGUGCCACUGGGAACAGCAUCCUGGGCCAGAGGGUCUUUGUUUCCAGGAUCAGGGCCACCUCAGUGACCACAACCUGUGAGGUGGGGAACUGCAGGUGGCGUCAGUGGCACAUGGAAGUCAUGUACACCCCGGACCUUUUCAGCUCCCAAGUCCCCAAGACAGAUCCGGGAUUCCAGGAGCGGACGCGCUGCUACCUGCUGUCAGCACCAGGGCCCCACGCAGUGAUCCUGGUGACUCAGUUGGGCCACUUCACAGCGCAAGACCAGCAGGCCCUGAGCGCGCUCAAGGACCUGUUCGAGGACCACGUGACAGCACGCACCAUUAUGCUGUUCACACACAGGGAAGACCUGGCAGGGGGCUCGGUGCAGGAGUUCGUGCGUGACACGGACAACCGUGCACUGCGGGGGAUGGUGGAUGAGUGUGGGGACCGCGUGUGCGCCUUCAACAACCGGGUGGUGGGCACAGAGCAGGAAGCCCAGGUGCAGGAGCUGCAGGGGCUGGUGAAGCACCUGCUGGUGGCCCACUCCAGUGUCCCCUUCACCAACAAGGUGUACCACCUGGCACAGAACCUCACCAAAAAGAACAAGGACCAGGAGGAGCAGAAGCUCAGGGUGGCCAAGAAACUGCAGGACCGCCAGCAGGCCUGGUGGAGACAGCUGUUCAGGGAGCUGGGUGGCAGACAGAGAAGAUGAUCCGGGCCCUGCUGCUGGGCACCCUGGUCAAGGUCUGGCUGCUGCUCACCAGACACCAGCCUGAGGCCCAGAUCGGUCCUCAGUGACAGGCUGUAAACAGGACCUUGUCCCACCACCUGACAGUCAUACUCAUCUCUGCUGUCUGUGCCUCCAGGGUCUGCAGGCUUUGCCCGUGUCCCUCACCUGGCAGUAAUCUACCAACGACAAAGUCCUACCAGGGCCCGCUGCCCACCUCCCCGCAUCCCUGCCCUGUGACCUGGCCUCUCUGGGCUCCUUUCCUACUUAAGCCAAGUAACUGUUGUUGCUUUUCCUGGUUUCUGCUGACCUCAGGCUGUGUCCCCUGUCACUGAAUCAGCCCCAGUGUCCACACCAGACCAAGUAUGGGAACCCACACAAACCCUCAGUCCAUUCCCAUUUGUUUCAGUUGACCAUGAAUUGAAUGAAUAAAUGCACUGGACAUUCA